CUGAUAUCUCGAUACAAAUAUUAGACUUGUAAAAAAGGACAGACAUUUUCCUUUUAUUCUUUAGUUUAUCGUCGACCUCAAUCACUCCUUAGUUCAUCCAAACUCUUUAAUCAUGAAAUACUUCAUCAUUUCAGCUCUUUUCUUCACAUUACUAAGUGUCUUACAAUUCUCAACAGCUAACCAAGCAGAACGCAGAACUCCAGCUCCCGUUAAUCAUGCAGUCAAAUCUAUCCUCAAAGUUUUACCAAAACGUGAUCCACAUUCACAUUCAAAACCCCUCCAUAAACAUGUCGUUAAACAUCUUCCCAAAAAACAUACAGUUAAACGUGCUAAGCCUUCCAAACCUUCUUCUAAACAUGUAGCGAAACUACCUGGUAAACCAUUGGUAAAAUCAAUCACUCCUCGACUGGUUACCGGGAAGGGUGGAACGAUGCAAUGCACAAAAUAUAGCGAUGCCGAUACGCAGGGAGCAUGGUGUAACUACGCUUAUAUGUGUACUGGAGGUUGCGCGGGACCUUUCACAAUCGGACAGGAGUGUUAUCGUUUGGGUGACAAGACUGACUUCGUAGGAAGACCGCUAAUAAGAGGAUCCAGCAAUCCAGCUGUGGCCAGCGUUGUUUGUACCGUUGAUUAUUACGAUUAUGCUCAGAAUUUCAUUGCUUGCAAUACCAAGACUGAAUCUUACGCCUGUAAGAGUCGUGCUAAAAGUGGAACUUUUGCAACUUGUCAUAACUGUGCACCCACCCAUGGAAUCGCUAUGGUGUAAUUUCUUGGAAUUCGUUUUCUUUCAACCCCGUUCAGCUCAACAAGAAUUCAAUAAAUUAUUACAAUUUACAACCUCUUCGAAUACUCUCUUUGAUUCUGAUUAUGUAUGGCUUUUGUUUCUUAUAGCAUCCAAGAGAAGCUGGAGCUUCUGGAAACCCCAUUCUUUUCUUCAUACGCUAAGAUAUCGUCCACGUCCUCAAGACACGCCGCUUCUCUCCCUUACUUUUAGGAUGACCUCUUGCUGUUAGCCACUGGCACUAGUUGUAAAUAGAACAAUUACAGCCUAUAGUUUCCAAUAUUUUGAUUAGAGCCCUAACCAGACGGUUUCUUCUUUUACAUACACCCAUGCACUCUGAUUGGUUCUUUACUUCAUGG